CCGGCUUACAUGUUGGAAAAAAGAAAAGACGAAUGGAAAAAACUGUAAUCCACAAAACGACCAUUGCCUAGUCACUCCGCGAUACGGUCAUAAAUAGUUGAAAUGAGCUCCCAGCAAUUCCCCCGACACGGGCUGCCUCCCUCCAGCGGGGGAGCACCACAGCUCCCUGCUGCUGGAAACCUUGUGUCUGUCAAUCAGCCGUCAAAUGCUCCAGCUGGUGCAGAUGCAGACAGCAGUCGGGAUGCUGACCACGGGCAGCAGGAUCAUCCACCAGCUGGGGGAGGGGGGACUUUGACGUUCAGAGAUGACAAGCAGGAGACCAUGGUGGUCAGACCUUAUCCACAAGUGCAGACACACGGCCAGCCGCAAGCUGCUCCCCAGACUGUGCCCAUCCAGCCUGGCACACCUGUGACUGUACCUGCCCCCCCUGUCCACCUCCCCCAGGGCCAGCCUGCAGUCCUCACUGAGGGACAGGUGAAGGCUGUCCUGAAGUCACCUAUGCAAAGUCGUCUUAUUGCCCCAGCACCAGCUUCCAACCAGGCUCAUAUCCCCAUGCCCCCCAAAGUGCCUGGUCACAUUACUGUCACCUUAGAGAGCAGUAUUGCUCCAACCCCGUCCAUACCUGUGGCAACCAUCAGUGGUCAGCAGGGUCACUCCAGCAACGUACACCACCUGAUGCCAGCUAACAUUCAGAUCAUUAGGACCCCUGCCGUCCCUCCUCAGACCUUCACAUCUCAUUUACCCAGAGGGGCUGCUGCAGCAGCUGUUAUGUCUAGCUCCAAAACUGUCCUGCGGCCAGCCACCGGGGCAAGUGCGGGUCCCGGCCAGCCCACAGUGCAGCAUAUCAUCCACCAGACUAUUCAGUCUCGCCCUGCUGUUACAACCUCUACAGCUGUGCUUCCAACUGUGGUGGCCCCCAUCUCAGCAACUAGAACUCAGUCCCCAGUUAUCAGUCCGACUGCUACACACUCUGCGGAGGUGGCACACGGGCGUUCAGCGCUGACCCUUCACCCACCUCCAGCCACCGUCAGUAUUCAGAGGCCUCAGACGUCCCGUGACACCCCCACAAGGAUCACACUGCCGUCACACCCUGCGAUUGGGGCUCAAAAGCCUCAGCCUCCACACACUAUGACACAGAAACCCAUGUUCAGUACUGCGACACCAGUAGUUGCAGCAACUGUGGCACCAAUCGUCGCCACUAACACUGUGCCAUCAACCACGACAAUAGGCUCUGUGCCGCAUACCCAAAUGACGAGUAACACUAUCGUCACCAUGACGAUGGCCUCGCACUCCUCCCAUGCUACAGCUGUGACCACCUCCACCAUCCCCGUUGCUAAAGUGGUUCCUCAGCCCAUCGCCCACAAUUCAUCCCGUGUGCAGCCCGACUACACGGGAGAAAGACCCAACCUCAUCCCCAUCUCAGGCCAUCGGUCGUCUCCUAACCCCGUCACCAUGGAGGCGCGAAGCGACAACAGGCCGUCUGUGCCAGUACAGUUCCAGUAUUUCCUGCCGGCUUACUCUUCGUCAUACCCUCUGACACACACAUACACCCCCAUCAGCAGCUCUGUGUCGACCAUCCGCCAGUAUCCCGUCACUCCUCAAGCUCCAAGUUCAGCACUGCCCACACAGCCUGGAGUAGGCGUGGCCACCACUGUCCAUCUAAACCACAUGCAGCUGAUGGCGGUUGAUCGGAUUGGUCUGCCCUCUGCACAAAUCAGCACCCAAGGGCUCCAGCCAGCGCCGAUCGCUGCGCAGGGCAUCCAGCCUGCACCGAUAGGAGUGCAAGGUCUGCACACGUCCGCGUCAAUCACCACACAGCAGCAGGCACCCAUAGCCACUCAGCAGCAGCAGCAACAGCCGCAGUCUGAAGCUAAACCCGGGGUUGUUUUGGCUGACGGCUUUGUAGCCAGCCCAAUCAGCAGCACAUUCAGCACCACCCAGCCAGUAGCCACCAUGGUGCAGGCACACGCUCAGGGAGGAGUAGGAGGAGCUCCCACCCUGGUAUCAUCCCCUAGGCCCAGCAUCCUUCGCAAGAAGCCCGCUGGUGAUGGCUGUGUUCGUAAGAACCUGAUCCCCGCCCAACCCAGUGAACCCAGCGGAGGCAGAAUUGAGAGUGGCGUGAGAGGAGCAGGAUCUCCCAGACCUGCAGGGGUGAAACCCAAAGCCGAGGUGCACAUGGCAGUGGCUCCUCCUGUCAUGGCUACAGUGGAAGCGCUACCUUCUCAGGGAGGGGAGCAGCAGGUGGUGUCCUCGAACACCCAGCACCUCGCCCAAGCCAUCCCCACCAUGCUCGCCACGCCGGGACCUGUACCUCCCUCCCAGCCCUCCACUGUCCUCUCAGCCCUGCCAGCAGCCAUGGCUGUAACUCCCCCCGUCCCCGCUUCGAUGGCCAACACUGUGGCCUCCCCGACUCAGCCGGCAGCCAGUAGCACCGCAGCUUGUGCCGCCAGCUCCACCUGCCCAGAUGUGAAAAUUAAGCAGGAGGCGGAGGCCAUGGACACCCAGCCAGAUCCCAAUGCGAACUUGUCAUCAGGCCCGGCACUCACCACCCAGGCCUCCACCCUGAACACUCCUGCCACAGGAGAACUGAUCCCCGGCGCCUCCCCGAGGAAGAAGCCCCGCAAGCAGCAGCACGUUAUUUCCACAGAGGAGAGUGAGAUGGUGGAGACCAACAGCACGGACGAAGAAAAAGCUCCCGGCAGGCCCAUCACCGGCAGGGCUGAGAGGUGUGAAUCUCCACCAAGGGAAUACGUUGAUGAAGAAGGAGUGCGUUACGUGCCAGUCAGGCCUCGGCCACCUGUCACCCUCUUGCGGCACUACCGUAACCCCUGGAAAGCUGCCUACCACCACUUCCAGAGGUACAGCGAUAUCCGGGUCAAAGAGGAGAAGAAGGGCACCUUGCAGGAUAUGGCUAAUCAGAGAGGCGUGGCGUGCAGAGCACAGGGCUGGAAAAUUCAUCUGUGUGCUGCACAGCUCAGGCAGCUGUCGAGUUUGGAGCAUGAUGUGUACAGCCGCCUCUCCACCCUGCAAGAGGGUCUGAUUCCAAAGAAGAGAGCAGGUGCCGACGACGACCUUCACCGAAUCAACGAGCUCAUACAGGGUAACAUGCAGCGCUGUAAGCUGGUGAUGGACCAGGUGACCGAGGCCAGAGACACCAUGAUGAAAGUGCUCGACCACAAGGAGAAAGUGCUGAAGCUGCUCAACAAGAACGGUGCCGUCAAGAAGUCCUCCAAACUGAAGCGUAAAGAACGGGCGUGAGCUGGACCUUCUCUUCUGUCGCCGACCGCCACUGUCCCCUCCCUGCAGGGGGGUGAAGGAGCUGCUCAAAAUUUGGUGCUAAGAUUUGCCGCAUACAAUCGCAUGCACCCUCCCUAUCUGCCUGAGAGUGGACAGAGGGAAAUGACAGGAGGACGCAGAAAAGCCUAUGAGGAAUAGGUUCUCAUUAAAGACAGAGCACACAUAUUGAGCGUGGAGCAUUGUAGGUUGCAUUAGAGAGGCCAACUGGACGGCCCUGCCACUGUUUCCCUCCUUUUUUUUUUGUUCACUUUUGAAGACCCCCAGAGACCAUUUCUACUAACUUAGUCUCCGCCUCUUCUCCUAAGACAAUGUUUGAAGCUGGCACGAUGUGUAUUUGUGAUAUUUGGCACUAAAUGCAGGUGCAGUAAAUCCCUAAUAAGUGAUGAAAGUAUUUCAGUUAAGGUGAACCACCCAAGAGUUAUUGAAUGGGAUUGAUCAAAAAUCAUUUCUAAGGAGUCCUUUAGCAAAACUGUGUGUGUGUGUGUAUACAGACUAAUCUCAGUUGUGCUCUUUUCAUCAAUCUGUGCCUUCAUUCUGUCAGUGUACAUGGAACGGACAGGGACGUGUGAAAGCGGAUUCACAUGCUGUCGAAAUAUUCUUAAAAUACGCUUCAGAGAAAAGGUUGAGGCCAGUGUCGCUGCUUCCCCUUUUUCUUUUUUUCUCUCUCCGAUCAUCCUGCACCUGCAUUUUUUUUUAUUUUUUAUUUUAUUUGUUCAUCUACUUUGGGUAAACGAUCACCUACCAGCCACAACUUAAGGUGUAAUCUAAAAGAUAAUAGAAUACUUUCAUGAGCUGAGGUAAAAUAAAAUAAAAUAAAAGAACCUAAACGUGGCAGUGCUCACCUGUUGUCACAGGAUAAAUAGUGUCCUUCGAUGGUUAUCUGAAAAUAAAAACACACUGCAUAUGCAUUACGCCAAGUUAACUUAACAUUUAAAACCACCAUGAAUCACCCACUUAAUUAAAAUAAAUUGAUGUCAUGGUGGUAAGAACAUACUCUGAUUUGGUUUCAGAAGCUACAGUGCUUUAAAGACAGACAGACAGACAGACAGACAGACAGACAGACAGACAGAGAGAGUAUUCAUUGUGUGAUUAGAAAGGUGGAUUGUUCAUGUAAAUCACUGUAAAUGUGCUUUUGGUUUUUGUUUUUUUUUUUCCAUUGACCUGGUUCUUUUCAAGUUUUGUACUCGGUGAAACAUUUUGUGCUGUGUGACGUGUGCCACUUCAUUUUUGCAGAGUGUAACGAUAAUGACGUUAUGAGAUGAAGUGAGCCUGAAACAUCCAGCUAUUGUACAUUGUUUUUGUCUGUGUAAUUAUAGUAAAGAUACUUAAACAA